AUGCGUCCAAAUCCAUUUGAACCGGCUGUCUUAAAAUACGUAAACGAGAGUUAUGUACCUGAAUGCACUCCAGAAUGGAAAAUAGUCACUAAACUGACAGACGGUCUAUUAAUUAUACAAACAGAAGAGUUUUUGGAUUAUGGAAUUUGGAGUUAUAGGUAAGGUAUUGUAGGAUAGGUUAGAAUAUGGUAGGGUAGAUCUUAACAAUAUAAUUUAUUUUAGGUGUAUUCUGAAUCACAAUGAACGUAAAUACAACAAGACAACCUGGAAGAUGAUUACAUCAAAUCAAACUGGAAUAGAUUGUGAAACUGUAGAAGUUAGAGCGAUAAAACAUGAUCAGCCUACUUAUGGAUACGUUCAUUAUCAAGUAAUUCGAAAGUAAGGGUUAGUUUCUGCAAAAAACUGUAAAUCUUUAUUUUUAAAUGAAAAAAUAUGGCAAAAACUUUCUUUGCAAAAAAUGUUACAAUAAUUUCUUUUACAAACUAUUUUUUUAGAAAUGAAACACGAUUAUCGUCUUCAGAAGCCCCAAGCGUUCAUGUGAUUGUAAUUGACUCAGUUUCUCAUCCAAAUCUGAUCAGAUCUUUGAAAAAUACAAACAUGAUAUUAAGGGAUAAGUACGAAGCUGUGUAUUUUCCGUAUUUGAACAAGGUUGGCCUGAACAGCAUUCCAAACGCUUGGGCUAUGUUCUUCGGUAUAUUACUUUUACUUUAUUAAGAUAGGGUAGGUUUCAAAUAGACCUAGAGGUAUUGCUAUACUAGUUUAAGCUACAGCUGAGGCUAGAAAUAAAGUUUUAAAAAAACUAUAUUCAAUUAUUAAAAAUUAAGAUCACAAAUAUGACGGUCAAGUAGAAACCGUAUGGGGACCUGAAAAACCUCCAGAAAAGCUGCCUUACGACAAUUCAAUGAACGACUUUUUCAUAAUGCAACAAUUUGCUGAAAAACAGUAUGUGACAAUGUUAAAUGAAGAUCAUGAAGCAACAAUAACUUGUUACUUUGGUUGUGUUGGGUUACUAAGUCCUGCCGAUCACUGGCUAGCGUAAGUUCAAUAGCAAGAACUUUGUUUACAAACUAAAAAACGGCAAGAACUUUCAUUACAAAAUAAAAAAUUGUAAAAGCUUUCUUUACAAGCAAAAAAAACAAAAACUUCUUUACAUGACAAAAAGUGGCAAGAACUUGUUUUACAGAACAAAAAUAGCAAGAACUUUCAUUACAAUUAAACAAGUACUUUUUCUAAUUAAAAUUUUAAACAUUUUAGAGGUUUCCGUCUUCGGCAAAACGUAUACGGUCACGGUAGUUCCGACUACUACUACAAUAAACAAAACAAUUUAACAUUUGCUGAUCAUAUCAAAAAAUGUUGUAAAGAAAGUUAUCAACAACUGCUUGAUCAUCUACAACAAUUUAUCGAUGUUUAUCCUACUGAAGCUCAGUUUUCAAUUAAUUGGAUGAGUUACCUUGUUCAUGAGAACAUGAAUGCUCUCUUUCAUGCUGAUAACGAUUUUGCUGAGUUUUUUGAUCGAAAUUCGGAAAAGGUACUAUAUUAUAAGAUGAUAAUAAUAUAAUACAUAGAGAGUGUGGGAAAGGGGGGGGGGGACUGCCCCCAAAAAAAUAAAAAAAAAUUUGGUUCUGGAAUGUUAAUUUUAGACUAAUGUAAUAUAAAAUGUAUCUUCAGCUAAAAAACUCAUUUCUCAUUAUAAUAUCCGACCAUGGUACACGCUUUGGUGAAGUUCAAACUGAGCCUAUUGCCCAAUAUGAAGAUUAUAAUCCAGCUUUCGUUAUGGCUGUGCCUGAAACUUACCGAAAAGAUGAUGGAUUCAUGCGGGUAUUGAAAUCAAAUUCGGAGAAACUGUUUUCUCAGCACGACGUAUUUGCUACGCUUUAUGAUAUUGUGACUGUAAGUAAUUCUAUAUUAAUUUAGCCUACUAAGCCUAAGCCUACUAAGUAUGAGCUUGCUAAACUCAAGCACACUAAGCCUAAACUUACUAAGUUUAAACCAACUGAACUUAAUUAUCUUAAGAACCACAACAAUGUCAAAACGAAUGUGACAAAACCAAAACACCUAUUCGGAUCAUCUCUACUACAACCUCUGCCAGAACCUCGCAACUGUUUCUCAUUAGGAGUACCUUUAAGGUAUUGUAUGUGUAAGAAGGUCAUCAAUGUGACAGAAAACUCAGAUAUAGCUAUAGAUAUAGCUCAUACAGCUGUUGAAAGAAUGAAUAAGGAUUUGCUAGACAAUGAUUACCAUAGGAAAUGUUUGAAAUUAAUUUUACAUUAUGGAAGCAAUGUGAAUGUAGCUGAAUAUAACACUAAAUGGUUCGACAAUGAAACUAUGAUAUAUGUCACUUUUCGGACUUGGCCUAGCAUGGGGCUCUACUCGGCGGAGGCUUUGGUAAGUUUUUCUUUUUUUAUUGUGAAAAGAAAGGCUAGGGUAAAAGAAGGUAAGGUAUCUAACAAACCCAGUUUUUACAAAUUUAAACCAAAACUUGUAGGUAUACCCAAACGGAUCAUAUAAAAUAACGACCACAAUUUUUCCUCGAAUAAAUUCGUUUUUGUGGCAAACGAGAUGUCUCGCUGGAAUCAAGUAUCAAGACUACUGUUACUGUAAGCAAGCGGCCGUUGAAGAUGGGGUUUUAAAAUUACAUGGUGAAACAUUAGAACCAAUUAUAGAUCAUGUUUAAAUUUGAUAUUGUUGAGUUACUUACAAAAUCUUAUUUAGGUUUAGUAAACUAUGCCUUUUAUCUUAUUUUCCAUUGAAAACAGGUUAUGGUUUUUCUGUAAUGUUGAAGGACUUCUGUAUAGCAAAUCUCCAAGCAAUUUUAAGUUUGCAUAUAGGAGUUUUACACAGUAGAAAAAUACUUAUUAAGCUAGACUUGAAGGGGAUCCUCGGGGGGCCGGGACUGAUCAUGUGGACCUGAGGAGCGGUGUUAAUAAGCACCAAUACCACCGACGCUUAGGUCCAGUAAUCAGCUAAUAUUCAGACGUCUGACAAUGAUCCAGGAGCACCAUUUGUGAUUAAUUUUUUUGAUGAUGCUAAAUUUUGUUUUCUUCUUCAUAAAAAGAUAAAGAAACACAAAAAUGCAAUUGUUUAGCAACACUUAUCAGCCUACCUUUCCAAUCUUCGAUACACAAUCGUUUUACAUUAAACAGACCAAUGAAUUUACAAAAAACCAGAUAAAAAGCACAAAAGGAGUACUAAUUGACUCAAAUACCCUAAAACCUUUGAUCUCACUAACCAAGCAUCAAAAUGAUCUCAACGGCUCUAGGCAUUCGGCAAUUGUUAUCAUUAUAAUAGUAGGUAAGCAUUUGGUUUGUAGUAGUAAUAUAAAUUAGGCAAUCUGCACAAAAUAUAAUAUUUUAAAACUCUACAAUUUAAUAGUUCAUAGCCUUAUAGUGUUAAGAAUGUUUUUAAACCACUAUAAAUCAAUAACUUGUCGUUGAUCGAGUUUUUCAAAAUCAAAUAUUUGUAGUAAAUAUCAAAAACCGUAGUAGAAAUAGCAAUAACUUUUUGUAAAAAAGUCUCCUACAGCUGGAAAAACCAUGAAAAACACAGAUAGUAGAUGGAAUGACAUCAGAUCAACCCAACCACCCGGUACCCUAAAUCUAUGAUCUCAUCCACCCAUAGCACUCGAUGAAAUACACAGAUUAAGGGUACCGAACCGGGGAGAUCGCGAACAAGUGAUGGACCGGUCAGUCGGCAGUGAAAGUGCAAAAGGUAUCGACCGAGGGGGGCAAACAGACCGAGGUGGGGGCACAGGAGGAGAGAGUUGGAGAGCUAGUGGUGGAAUGCGCCUAGUGGAAUGA